AUGACUUCACAUUGGAUUGCAGAACACUAUCAGAAUCUGUUUAAGGUUAACCUUUACAUGAGAGUGCAAGAUAUUCAGGAAACCAUUUGGUUAGAAAAGGGUAUAAGGGUGAGCAAAGACAAGGCUGCCAGGGCUAGGAGAAGGGGUCAAGCACUCAUUGUUGGUGAAUACAAAGAGCAGUAUGCAUUACUCCCAAGGUAUGCAGCUGAGAUACUAAGAAGCAAUCCAGGGAACACAAUGAAGUUGAAGUUGGAUGCAAAUGUGUUUGACAGAUUGUAUUUGUGUUUUGAGGCACUUAGGAAAGGGUCCUUGGCAGGAUGCAGACCUUUCAUAUCACUUGAUGGAUGUUUCUUAAAGGGACCAUUUGGGGGUCAAUUUGUAGACAACAACAUGAGUGAGGUGUUUAAUGCAUACAUCUUGAGUGCAAGGCACAAGCCUAUUAUUACCAUGUUGGAAGAUAUCAGAGAGGGUUUGAUGGAUCGACUGCACAAGAAAAGAGAUUUCAUUGGGAAAAAGGAGAUAACGUUGUGUCCUAGGAUCCAAAUUCUGUUAGAGAAACACAAAAUUUGGGCUAGGGGUUGGAAUGCAUACUGGGAUGGUGGGUUUUGCUAUGGAGUAAGAGAAGGUGCAACACAGGUUAAGUAUGUGGUGGAUCUGAACCAACAUACUUGCAGUUGCAAUGCAUGGCAGACCUACAUGAAGGCAUAUGAAUUUUUGUUAGAGCCUUUAAAUGGUCCUCAAGAGUGGCCUACUUCUGAUAGCAUUGUUGUGGCUCCAAAGGUGAAAAAGGUCAAUGGAAGACCUAAAACAAAGAGGAGAUAUGGUGUUGGAGAGGUAACUGCAUCUGGUAAGCUGAAGAGAACAGGCUGUGCCAUGAAAUGCAUCUUAUGUGGUGUGAUAGGCCACAACAAAAAGGGUUGCAAGAAUGCCCCUAAGCAACAACAACACAGCAAUAAUUAUGCUACUGCAGAGCAGACCACACCACAUCAACAACACCCAAGAACCAGUUCAGCUAUACCAAUGCACAAUAGGGGUGUGGGUAUUUAUACCUACCCAAAUGGGUAUCAAAGAAUAGCUACUGUAAGUCAUUCAAUAGACUCAAAUUCUUUCUUACAUGUUACUUUACUGUACUGA